GCACCAUGGCUCCAUCACCAACAGCAGACAGCUGCUAGUAGAACGAACACGCCUGAGCGAGCAAUCAACCACCGAAAAUCGAUCGAAGAAACAGAGACUUAUUAGCUCUUGAGCAGCAAGUAGAGGAGAGCAGCGAUGGCGUUCGUGCCUGGGUGCGUGCAGUGCGGGACGCGGAGCAACCCGUGCCGGUGCAAGGUCGUCGGGCCGACGCUGGGAUUCGUUGCCUUCGUGGUGACCGGCGUGGUGGAGUGGCCGCUGGGCGCGGCGGUGUACCUGUUCCGCCGCCGCAAGGGACGCCGCAUCAUGGGACACCCGGCCAGGGUCGUCUACCCGCGCGUCACCACGGCCAUCCCCAUCUAAUCCUGAAUUACUGAUCCUAAUUUCAUAAACCAGUAACCUGGUCCGUCAGCUUGUGUUCAUUGCUGUGAUUCAAUAAAAGGGCGGGGUGUCGGUGUGUGCUUGUGUUGUAAACUUGUAAUCUAAGCCAUUGGCCGUGUAUUUUCGUUUUGCUGUGUGUCAGUGCA